AGUUAGUUGCCUUUGCUAGCACUGUUCGAUCAAAACACCUCCAGUUAGCCACCUAACCUGCGAUAUAUGUUGUUAGACGGCCAACCUCUUUUUGUAAAUAACAUUUCAUCACUAGACUGUUGUCGUUGUUUAUCAGCUAAUUAUGUUCGAGAGUGGAUGACUAAUAUCACAUACUUUCAUUUUAUUUUUUUAUAUUUCUUACAGCGAUUUGGAUAACGAGCACUCAUCCGGCAUAUGUUGUGAAGGAACUCGGUACUUUGGUUAAUACAUGAGGGUUGACAACAAAAUUUUCUUCAUAUUUUGGCUUUUGUGAAUUAAUUUCCUUAAUUUUCUCUGGAAUUCAACUUGACCUCUUCUGACGAUCACCUUGUUCUAUCCGGAAGCGCAGAUCACUUCAAGUACUUGGUGUUAAUAAAGGAUACGCAGCAAUAAACAUUAUCUAGAAAGGUGAACAUCUAGAGGAUUUUCACAUCCAGGAAUCAAAGCAGACUGGAGAUGUCUCUGAAUUUUUAAACUAUUUGCAGUUUGAUCAGGACACUGAAAUCAAUUUCACAUUGGAAUUGUACAGACAAUGAGAUAAAUUAAUGGAAUCUAUUUUGUGAGUUGCUUCUUCAAUCUUCACCUAACUCUUGAACAAAUUAUUUGAUGUUACCAACUCUACUUUGUUAGUUCAAUUGAGCGAUAAUAUUUUCAAAUAUGCUGAGGUGAAAGCAGAUCUUUAAGUACAAAACAAUUUUGACAACUUUCUUACCUGGAAGAUAUAAACUGAAGGAGAAAUGGCCGUGGUCAGUUAUGAUAACCUGAACAUCUUGCUCAUGAGCAAGGCAUUGAUAAUGUUACACCUUGCAUUAGGAGUUCUAAGCCAGGCGGUUCAAUUUACAGUGCAGCCAAGUCCGGUUGCAGUCCUGGAAGGGAGAGCUGCAACAAUGGAUUGUAGCAUCAGCAACCUCAACUCACGUCAUAAGGUCCUGUGGUACAGAGGUGGAAUCCUCCUUAGCAAUGGUACAGCGAUUGUUGGUCACCAGCUCAACGCCACCAGGUAUUCCAUCAUGGUCAACACCAACUCCGGCCAGUAUAACCUGCACAUACGCUCCGUAUCCAAAUCAGAUGAUCACAGCUACGAGUGUGCGGUCGAGAGCAUCUCAAAUGCAGGGGUGACCCAGGAGGUUUUAAGAUCCCGUAGUGCUCGUCUGGAAAUUUACCAUCUCCCUGACAGAAGUAGAUUUCCACGCUGUGAGCCCCUGACAAAGCCCAACUACACCGAAGGUGAGUUUGUUACAAUCUUGUGCAAGUCCGAGCGAGCUAACCCACCCGUAACCCUCAAAUGGAAGCGCAAUGGAAUUCUUAUAUCACAAGUUCAAAUCGAUGACACUGUUACAACAGGAUACCGUACUCUGCGACACAGGUUUCAGGCAGACGCAAGUUUGAAUGGUGCCUCAUUUGAGUGCCACGCAAGUAGCGAGGCCGAUGAUACAUAUUCGGAGCACUGUGUCCUAAGUGGUCUAAACGUGUUGUAUAAACCACGAGUUAGCCUUGAAAAAGCAAAUGAUGCUGUCCAUGCCGAUCAAGAAUUUGUAUUCCAAUGUAUUGCGGAUGCCAAUCCAGGACCCAGCCAUUAUGUUUGGAAGAGAACACCUGAAAUCCCUGCAGAGCGUGUCAAGUUCUCUCGGGACCAAACGCAAAUGAUCAUUAGUCCAAGGGAUAUGGACAAUGGCACACUUAUCACAUGCAACGUAAGUAAUGCUAUUGGAAGUCUCUCUUCCAGCUUGCUGAUGAUUGUCCAACCUGUAAUUGUAGAAACCACCACUCCAAAGAGCAAUGUUUCAACUGCUGUCACCAUGCGACCAAAGACCUCAACAGACACCACUGCAUACAAGCCAGAUGUUGGUAGCUCUGCCUCAGAAUCAGUGCCCUUGAGCCCAGAAAUCCUUGCAAUCAUCAUUGGUAUCAUUGGUCUGUUGAUUCUCAUAGUGCUUGUUAUAACCCUUGGAUAUCUCUGCAGAUGCUUCCCUGUCCAACACAAAGGCUCCUAUGACAACAGUGUCUACGGAUCCACCUUCGGGCCAAACUAUGGUCCACAUGAAAGGCCCAUUUGGGACCAAACAAGUAUUUAUUUUGAGCCUAAGGAUCAUUUAAGAGAGCUCAACACGUGGCAGAGGACUCAUCGCCCAGUGUGGCAAAGAAAUGUAAGUGUACAAGUGCCCCAUGUCGAGGAGGAAGAUCCUCCAUACCAAGAAAUAGGACAAGACUGGGACGAUGGUACGUACACAAUGCAAAUAUAGCCUUUGCGCAAAUUUCAACUUUUUACAAGCUUAGAUCCAAAUAUCUUAUACAGGAAAAACAGGCUCUUGACCACAAUCAUUCAACAGGAAUAUACAGUAUGACAGGCAAUUUCUUUUAAACAUCCUACUACGAAAUAUGAGAAAAUACAAAACAUCUCAAAACUUCAGCAACUGAUGGUUGAAAUGUGUUUUGAGUGCUAUCAGUUCAUGUGGAUGUGCUUUGCUUUGUUAAAGUGUUACAGUCCACUCUAAUGCCUAUCUGUUGAAUGAUGCAUAAACAGAUUGGAGGAUUCUAACACCCUAACUGCUCCAAUAAAAACAUCAGACUCAAAGAGCAUGGGCUCAACUAUCUUCACAAUGAACUAAAAAGCUAUCGCCGCUUUGUUUUGCUCUUUAUAUUUGUAAUGCAAGAUGCAUAGUAGCACUGAAAGAGAAUGGACUUAUAGGGGCAAUUCUAAGAAACAUCGGGUGUUGCUAUAUCAAAACAAUAUAUAUGAAAGGGUAUUCAAAUGAAUAUAAUGUUCAAGUUUCAUAUACAGUAUAUCUAAUCAUACAAAAAGCCAUGAAAAUGAAUUUGUCUAAACCGAUGGCAGGUUACAGUUAAGAAAAAUGAUAUGCAUUUUUUUAUAUGAAUGCAUAUCACAGCAAUAAUAAAUGAUCGAGGUAAAAUAUUUGAUUUUUGCUGGUUAUUUGUCAUCAAUAUUCAAGGGCAGAGUUGUUUCUCCUUAGCUGUGCUAUGUCAUACCUUAUGGCUACCAUCAGGGACAUAUUGCUGCAUUUUAAGACAAAAAAGAAACAAUCCAAUAUAAAUCUAUCACUUGCAUAAUUACAGAUUUAUAAAUUAUUUCAGCAUUUAUAUUAAACAGUUAUGUACAUAAGUAAAUAUACUAUCCAAACACUUAUUUUUGAUGAAAUGCACUUGGAUCAAUUUUUGUACAUGUGAUUUUGUUUUACAUUUGAAAUAUGUUGUAUUUUAAUUACAUUUAUGUAAAAGAAAUAGUUGCAAUUCCUACCUUAUUUUUAAAUGAAUGAGCAGGCUCAAAAUAUUUGUUCUCUAAUUUCAGUUAAUUGUUAUAAUAUAAUUUUUGCAAUCAUGAACACUCUUGUGUUAGACGUUUGCUAAAUGUUAAAUACCAUCCCAUUUUAUUGCCAUUAACUCAGCCCUAUUGCGGGCAAGUUAAGUUGUAAAUUAUAUUAUAACUAAUCAUUAUGUGCCUCAUGUAAACUAUGUUUGUAUAAAUGAUAUCCAAAAUAAUGAUAAUUCACAUUCCAUGAAAACGUUACACAGAACACAGCUGGUCAUAAUUAAUACAUAACUAAGGAAGAUGUUGCCAGAAACUUAUUUGCAAUCGAUUGCAUAUCUCACCAAUUUGCGAUUGAUAAAUGAACCACAGACUGUUUAAACUUAGGAAGUGUUUUUCUGCCAAGAUUUGAAAAUCUAAGUUUUAGUUUUGCUAACAAGUAUCCAUGCACUUGUGUUGGUCUUGGUCGUAACUGGUCGUAUACUUAAAUCCCUGUGACUUUUAUCAGCUAACUUCUCAUGCAACUGUGGAGAGAGAUGUCUUGCAUAUUUUCUUAUACAUGAUGGUGACAACUAAAUAACAUUUGAUAAAAAAUCAAGAUGAAUAUCAAAUUAUUUGCUUUGUGAUGUAUGCAUGGUUGUUGUUUUGAUUUUGUCAAAUAAUAUAACUAAAACAUUACUUAAUCAAAGCAAUUACAAUCUUUAGUUUCUGCCAUUUCUGUUACUUUGAAUACAAUUAUCUGCACUGCAAAAGCUGAUGUCACUAUUACUUGAUAAAAAUCCUAUCUUUUAGAACAUAACUUUCCAUCGAAAAUUCAAGAUGUAAAAUCUAAUAUUCUACUCUUUAAUAUAUCAGUAUGGUCAUGCAAUUUAUGGCUGUAAUAACCUAAUCAUAUACACAUUUUUUCGCAAUUCAAUUUAUAGCCAAUUAGUCCAUUGAAUUUUUCAACUUAUUUCCUAUCCACCGUAAUAAAAUAAUGACUUAAUCGGGAAGCCAGGCUCAAGCAGUGGACAAUUAUGGCUACUGAACAGUGGAUAGGACCAUCAAAUGCCUUGUUGUUGUCAUUAAGUGCAAUAUAUGUCAAAGCUUCUGCUUAAUUUAUUAGAUUAUGUCGACAUCUGCAUUAUUUGUCAUGAAAAAUUAAUUUUGCUCAUCACAUAUUAAAGGUAUUGUGCAAAAAACAGGCGCAAAACCUGACAACCGCACAGCUUGGCAGAAGUUGAUGUCUUAAGUGAGGGGGAAGUGGACAGUUGGGAGACAUGAGCUAAUUAAGGGGAAAAUACCUUCAGAUGUACAUCUUUUUAUUUACAAAAAAAUAUACAGUAUAGAUGCAAUUGUAUAUAUUUGCAAUGGAUGUGAUAUAUUGUGGAAGUAUGGUUUAUUACAAGAUCAGCAUUCAAUAUGUAGAUCUGGCAAUGUGAGAAAAUAAUAUGGAUGAUAACAUGGUCUAAAAUAUGAAAAUAAAAAUGUAUUAUGUCAAAGCAUUGUAGUAUGUGAAAUGACCUAAAAUACAAAGUAUCACUGUUUUUCUGCAUUACUUGUUUUUAAGCUGUUCACAUUACUCUAACAGAUUAUUUUUAUUUUAAUAUUUUCUCUAUUUAAAAAGGCAAACUUACAAAACAUUUCAUACAUAUUAUUGGGCCCCCUUCUUAUACCAGCAGCAAUUCACUUUGCCAAAAAAAAUGAGUAUUUGUGUUGUAUAUUACUACUGCUUUUUUCACCUUGUCUCUUUAAAGGGUCACCUAACGUUAAUGAUUUCCCAAAAAUUGGCAGUUAUUUAAUAUGAUUCAGUCAUGCUUUCUUGAAGCUGGUGUUCCUAUCAAGCCCGGCUAAGAUUUUGAUUAAACGAGAGAGCGUAACUGAGCUAGGAUGAGUUUACCAGGGGCUGCGCUACGAAUCUGCCACAUGCUAUACGCGAUCAAACAGCUGUCUACAAGAUUACCACCAGAACUUCAGAAUGAAAUUCAAUACUGCCUUUUUUCUCCUCAAUUUUUUCUCAAGCAAGACACUCAAGUCUCUACACACGCCAUGUAUAUCUGUUAUGUAUUUUCUUGUUGCACUCUGAAAGUGAUGUGAGCAGAAAAGCAAAGGAAAAGUUAUCAAAUAAUGACAGAUCUGUGAUUUUGAGGGUUUAGAGGAUGGUUCUUGUAUUUAAGUCUAUUUCAAAAUUAUCUGUAAGAACUUUUGCAGCAAUUUUAUAACAUGGUCAUUGAUGUAACAUAAGUCUUCUAAUAGGGUUUACACUGCCAAUCAUAAGUAUUUUUUUAAUAUUUUGUGAUUACAAAGCGUAUUUGCUACUUUCCUAAUAUAGUCUGCAACUUCUGAAAAGAUUAUUUCUUGAUUCUUAGUUCAAAAAGUGGCCUUCGAAUUGCAAUGUUGUAAACUUUCUUAAAUGCUCCUGUAUUCCAGGUCCAUUCCCCUUUACCUUUCUCAGCCCCAACCCCCCCCCCCCCUCCACCCAACCCCCUCCCCUAUCUCUCCUCCUUCUCCCUCAAUAUUUCUCUUCUUAUUGUCUCUCUCUCUCUCUCCUCUCUCUCUCACUGUCUAUCUGCAUAUUUCAUUUUUAUUGCCUUCAGUUUUCUACUUCUGUUAUGAUUUUUUCUCACUCCCAUUGUACUUACACCCCCCCCCCCCCUCUCUGUCUCUCCACAUUUUUUUCACACUCUCAAUGAAUACAAGAAUGACCUAAGUCCAUGAUAGUUCAUUUUGAGUAAUUUUUUUGUGCGUGUGUGUGUGUAUAUCCACUGACAAUCUUAGUAUUUUUCACUCAUAUGGGGUAUUUUGGGUGAAAUUCCGGGAUACAAAUUAUAUACAAGGUGGGCUUAUGUAUAAUAAACAAGAUCCCAUGUUUUACUCAAUUUAGCAAAGAGAUGGACUUGGGCCAUUAUUAUAUUCAUUUCCUCAAUCAUAUCAAUUAUUCAUUCGUCCACAAUUGUAUGGUUAAUUAUGAUUUUGACAGUUAUAUUUGUAUAUGUCUCUUGCAUAAUUGAUGUAUAUGUAAACUCGCAAUAUAUCAUAACAUGAAUUAAGCCAUUUGGGCAAUAGCACAUACUAUUUCACUCUCAUAUAACCUCCUGGUUAUUCGAAAGCAGACAAAAAUAUUAACAUGUUUUGUACACUCAGCUGAUGUUUAUUAUUGUUGUUCUUCACAAAUUGCCAGUAUAUAUAUUAUUCAACAGAAAAGAUGAUUUCAAAUGAAAUUGUUUGUAACUUAUUGAUGUCAAUUCACCAAACAUGUGAUAUUAUUAUUUUGAAUAAAUUUCAAAAGAUUGCAACAUA